UACUACUUUGUACAAUAUCAGAUUCGAUAUUCUCCUACUGUGAGGAAUUAGAUAGCGAAACACGGAGAGAGAGCUAUGGCGACUACAAAUUCUCCAAAGCCCGACUCCGAGUCCGAAAUCGAGACCAAUCCAAACCCGAACCCUAACCCUAAUUCCUCAAACGCAUUAGUCCCUACUCCCAAUGGCUCCGCCGUCUGCCUCAUGAGGUUCGCCGGCGACUCCCUCGGCGGCGCCUUCAUGGGCUCCAUCUUCGGCUACGGUGCGGGAUUGAUUAAGAAGAAAGGCUUUAAAGGAUCUUUUGGAGAGGCAGGAUCUUCUGCAAAGACAUUUGCAGUUUUGUCUGGAGUACACAGUUUGGUUGUCUGCAUUUUGAAGAGGCUCCGGGGAAAAGAUGAUGUUAUUAAUGCUGGAGUGGCAGGCUGUUGCACUGGUCUUGCUCUAAGUUUCCCAGGUGCUCCCCAAGCACUUCUACAAAGCUGCCUCACAUUUGGUGCAUUCUCAUUUGUCCUUGAAGGGCUUAACAAGCAGCAGCCAGCACUUGCGGAACCAUUUUCGUUGAGAAAGAAAAGUGAGCAUUAUCACGUACAUCCAUCUUUGGCACUUCCCCUUCAACUUCAGCUCCCUCUUCCAGAUGAAAUGAAAGGGGCGUUCUCCGCUUUUUGCAUGUCUUUGAAGAACCGUAAGAGGAGCAGUUUUCCCACAUCUCACUGAGAAAUUUCGGGAUGUAUUUUUGAUCUUCUGCAGAUCUCUAGGUCCCCCGUUCUUUUUCUUCUUCUUUUUGGAAAGACAUGGUCAUGUUGUAAACUGUAAAUUUAUAGUUGCAAUUCUAAUAUUCGUUGUGAAUUGAGCUAUAAAUUGCGACUUAGUUCUCGAUUU